AACUGGAAUUGUAGAUUUAAAUGUUAUGACCUUUCUGUUUUGCAUAGCCGUAUUUCGUUUUGUGACCUAUUUAAAAUAUGGUAGGCGUUUUUGUAAACGUAAAAUUAUUUGCCGCAGAAUAUGUAAAUGAAAUCACGUAUGCAAUGUCCGCCAUAAAUUGAGUAAAUGACCAAUCGAAAAAUCUAGUCGGUUUUGUUUUUAGUGCAGCUAUUAAAUAUUCGUUGUAAUGCGUUUGAAAAUGAUUUGGUUUUAACAGUUUAGUGUUAAAUCCAGCCUUUUUUUUUACAAAAAUAUAAAAAAUGAUAACAACUUUUGCUGGUACUUGUAACUACUUUUUUGUUUAAGUAGUUUACUAGUUGUGUGUUAUUCUAUUGCAGAUACAUUACAAUAUUUAUAAUGGAACAAGAGACAGUUCAAUCUGCUAAUGCAGCUCAAGCUGGCACUUCAAAAGCAGAGAAAAUGAAUUUGAAAUGUAAUUCUACAACAAAACAAUUAUCUAAACUCAAGAAACAAAAGUUGUCAUUUAAAAUCAAAAAAGCCAAACACAGUAAAACUAACAGUGCUAUUAAAAAGUAUAGAAAUAAACAUCGUGAACGGAAAAAGAACAAAAACAAAAAGUCCGACGCAAAAGACAACUCCAUAGUUGCAAUCUAUGUUCCUCGACUUCGAGAUAUUUUACAAACUUUCCCACAAGAUAUUGUAACCUGUUGCUUUUGUCAUUUGCCUGGCAACUAUCUCCCUGGCUUAGGUGAUUUGUAUGGCCCAUACUGCCCAACAUUCCGUGAUCUAACUGAAUAUCGGAAAAUAGCACAUACAAAUUUAGACCUACCAAGUGCCUCUUGCCAAAACCAUGAUAUUUCUGAGAUAACUGUGGACCUGGACAAGAAAGUAUGUUAUAUUACUACCAAGUAUUCUAAUGGUACAAAAGAAAUAAUUGAAUCUCAAGAAGUACCAACAGCAAAGGAAACAGAAGAUACCAUUUCUGAAAUGUCGUCCCAACUACGCAUAAUGCAAACUUUGGAUUACCUUCUAUCUGAUUCACGCAAAAGUUCGCAUAAGCAUAGAUCUCACAAACAUACUGGAAAAAUACGAAUACCUGGAUUUAAUGGAACUUUAAAGCUAAAAUCAAGCAACCCUGGCAAUGACACAGCAAUUAACUCAGACCUUAAAAAGUUGCUGCCAGGAAUAGACACAAUUAUUUUCAUAGAACCAGUUGCGCAAGAGGGCAACAUGCAAGCGAGACCAGGAGGAAACAGAAAUAUGGGUUCACCUGGUGUCAAAAUAGCAACUGUACUUGAUAAUAUCACUGUGUCUCAUAAAUUCGAUACCUCAGAUAUGUGGGUACAUGCCCCAUGCGCCAUGAAUGCUCCAGGGGUGUGUCUUAUACAAGGACAGUUGUUUGGUCUUCAUACAACUGCUACAAAGGCUAAACAAACCCUUUGCAACUACUGUGGGAGAAAUGGGGCCACAAUGACCCAAAGAAACCAAAUAUUUCAUUACUUAUGUAUGAUUCCGAAUAAAUUGGACUAAAGCAAACAAAACUUUUUCCUCAUUGACAUUUCAUGUUUUUAAAUUAGUACAAAUAUAAAUAAUAAAAUGUAACUUUUUUGGUGCAUAAAACAGAAAUUUUUUUGGUCAUUUUUAUUACAAACAUAACUACCCAUAUUUUUAUGACAGAAUUGUCUUUAUUUCAAGCGUUCUGAUUCAAAACUAAAACCAUCUUCAGUGAUGUCAGAAGUUAUAAUGGCAAUAAUUGUUAUAUAUUGGCUGUAAUGUUUGUAUUCGAUUGUAACAUAGUUUAAUUUCCAAGUGUUACUCCCUCAGUAAGUUUACACAAUCAUUCAUAUUCCAGUCUUAACAAUAUUACUAAUUUUUUUUAUAUCUUUUUCUUUUUUACAGGUUAGUUUUUUGUUAGAGUUUAAUGCACCAUACAGAUAUAAAGGAAAUAUAGUUUCGCCCGUGCACUGUGCACCAGGAUACUACAUAUCAAUAUGAACAAGCCAAACAAUGAUUGCCAGAUCAUGGUAUUCAAACCAACUAUGGAAGAAUUUAAGAACUUCCCACGUUAUAUCCAAUACAUGGAGUCACAAGGCGCACAUAAGGCUGGGAUUGCUAAGGUGAUCCCUCCAAAGGAAUGGGUGCCAAGGUGUAAUUAUGAUAAUAUUGAUAACUUUGUAAUCCCUGCUCCUAUAUCUCAAGUUGUUACUGGAAGGAAAGGACUUUUUACUCAGUACAAUAUACAAAAGAAAGCCAUGACUGUGAAGGAAUUUCGAAGAUUAACAAAUACCGUUCGAUUUGAGCCGCCUUUCCAUGAAAAUUAUGAAGAAUUAGAACGAAUGUAUUGGAAAAAUAUUUCAUUCAACCCCCCAAUAUAUGGAGCUGAUAUAAGCGGAUCUCUUUAUGACAGGGGAGUUGACGUUUGGAACGUAGCUCGGCUGAACACUUUACUCGACAUCAUCGAAAUGGACUCCGGUGUAAAGAUAGAAGGUGUCAACACAGCGUACUUGUAUUUUGGGAUGUGGAAAACUACAUUUGCUUGGCACACAGAAGAUAUGGAUCUAUACAGCAUCAACUAUGUGCAUUUUGGUGCGCCUAAAUCAUGGUACGCUGUAGCUCCUGAGCAUGGAAAAAGAUUAGAACGACUGGCUGCAGGUUUCUUCCCCAACAGUAAAACCAACUGCUCUGCAUUUCUACGACAUAAGAUGACAUUACUCUCGCCCUCAAUACUUCGUCAAUAUGGCAUUCCUGUUAAUAAGAUCACCCAAGAAGCAGGGGAAUUCGUUAUAACCUUCCCGUACGGCUACCACGCUGGGUUCAAUCAUGGAUUCAACUGCGCUGAAUCAACAAACUUUGCAUCGGAGCGAUGGAUUGAUUACGGCAAGAUUGCAGAUAGAUGUUCUUGUCGUACCGAUACUGUUUCCAUCGAUAUGGAUAUAUUUGUUCAAGUCUUCCAGCCCACCCAAUAUGAGAAUUGGAAAGCCAACAAGAACGAAGUGAAACUAACUUAUGUGGAAACACCGGCCGUUCCUGACUUUAAUAAACCUUUUCCUGAUUGGAAGGAAAAAGUUGCUGAGCAUAGAAAAUCUAAGGAUCCUUGGAAGAUGAAGAGACUUCCUUCAAAGUCAUCGAUUAAACUUAAGCCAGCUGACUUCCCAGAAAAAUCGGACCGAACCUCUCCAAAAUCUCCCACGAAACAUAAGAAGAAAUCUUCCCCAUGCAAAUGCAUUACCACCACUGUACAAACAUUCGGUACACCACAAUACCCCAACCCCGCUCCUAGCACCUCCCCAGAAGAAAAACCUUUCGACAUAUCCCCACGUUUCAUUGAAAACGAAUCACUUUUUGAUCGCAUAAAAGGCGGGGCAAGACGGAUGUCUUCAGCAAAAGCCAUCUCCCAUGAGGAUGAGAUAGACCCAGCUUUUUUAUUAAACAAACAGUCCUGUUCAUAUACAGAAGUUAAAAAACUUUCCCAAAGCAAACCUUGUUCAUCUAGUAAGUGUAGCUUGAAAGAGGAUUUGGUAAAGAGAGAGAAAAGCAGUGAAAACUACACAGAACAAUGUGAACCACUAGUUUUAAUACCAUUGGAUGUAGUUGCCGAUUCUACUUUUGUUGGUAAAGAUUCAAACUCCGAAACAAAGAAAACGAAACACGUAAAACAAACAGUUAAAAGAAGACAACCUCUGACAAAGAAGGUUGUCGCGAAAAAGGCGUGCACGUCUGUUAUACUUAAUAAGCAACAGGAGAAUAACAUGGAUGCUGAUGUAAAUCCAACGAAAGAAGACACCGAUCUAGUGAUGUCAAGUUUUAAAGAUGAGAUUGAAUACAACAGAAAUGCUGCAAAGUCCUUUCCCUACUGUGCGAUAUGUACCUUGUUUAAAGUGAAAAGGAAUAAAUCCCACCCAACCACCAACCCCCCCACCCCACACACCCCUGUAGUAGCAGGUGACAAUACUAAACCACUGAUACCUGAAGUAAGCUUUGUAUCAAGUGUGGCGGGCCCUACAACUCCAUCUGUGUGUAAACUACUUGAUGAAAGAGGUGAAUCUAUAUUACUACAAUGUUGUGUAUGUUGUGUACAAGUACACGCUUCAUGUUACGGUGCAACACAUAUACCUAACAAAGGUGAACUAUGGACGUGCGAUAGAUGUAUGGACAGAAGCUGGUCUACUCAAUGUUGUUUAUGCUGCAUGAGAGGGGGGGCAUUCAAACCCGUUAAUGUUGAGUCAAUAUGGGCUCACGUGGUGUGCGCCAUCGCGAUACCUGAUGUUUAUUUUGAACAACCUGUCAACAGGACAAAUAUCAAUAUUUCUAAAAUACAAUCCAAGAGGUUAAAACUGAAAUGCAUCUACUGCAAAGACAGUCCUAGUGAGGAUUAUGGCGUUUGCUUGCAAUGCUGUACAGGCAACUGUACGGUGUCGUUCCAUGUUACAUGCGCGCAAGUUGCAGGUGUCCCUAUUGAACCUGGCAACUGGCCGUACCCUGUAUAUGCAUAUUGCCAUCAACAUGCUGUGAUGCCUGAUAGUGAAGAGACAGACAUGCCAUCUAAGAAGCAAGUACCCGUACACCUGAAGCAGCGGGUUGUAGCGAAGUUAAAGAGCGGUAAAUUACGAGGGGGUUUCGUUACCGAACUUGAAAUGGAAGUUUUCCAUAAAGUUCAUUUUAAGGAUAAUUCAUGGAGUGAUAAUCUGUAUCAACAAGAUAUUGUGGACCAUGAUUGGAGUGAAGGGAAUUACCCUAAAGUAGGAAACACAGUGCACGUUAAAUGGACGGAUGGAGAUAUCUAUGAGGCCGAGUAUCGGGGACAUUCGGAUAUUCAGAAUAUAACUGUGACCUUGGAUGAUGGAACCUCUCAUGAAGUUGAAAGAGCCGACGUUUUCACGAAGUUCGAUUCCUGCACCCAAAAAAUUAAACGAAAACUGCAACGAAAGCCGUCAAAAUCAAAGAAGCAACAAAAAUGUCAAGUUUUCAAUGAAACCAAUGAUGGAAUAGCAACAUGAACACAUUUUCUCUUAUUUUUCAAUAUAGUGUGAAAGAUUCUUUAAUAAUAUCCUCACUGUUUAUUCUUUGCUCAGUUGUUCAAGGUGCUGUGUUUCAAAGCUUAAUCUUUUCUUGCAUGUAAUCUUAAAUUGCUUGAUUUAUUUUGCAUUAAUUGCAUACGUAGGAUUAAAUACUCCAUUUUAUUGCCAUUGUUAGCGUUGUCUGUAUCCACACUAAUGUUCAACUAACAUACUUGAUUUGUUUAUAUUAGAUUUUUAUGAUGGUUGCGACCUAAUUAAAUAGCAUUUCAGUAGAUAUCCA